AUGGACGAGUGGGGCUCGUUUGUUGCACCAGAUAAUGACCCUUCAAGUUCCGAAGGAGAAUACACAGUCGAACCAGGUCCCGAAUAUGAAACGCGUGUGGUGGAAGAAGCAGCGCAUCGCGGAUGUGUGGAAAGAAUGGCUGAAGGGGCCAACAAUGUCGGACUUGGAUUAAGUGAGAUUGGUGAAAGCAAAGUGUUGUUGGGACGACUCGGACACCGAGACGAAAAAGAACUAAGGUACUUGCACUUAUUAUGGGAACCGGGACGAGCAGAGCUAGGAUCUGGUAGCGUGACCAACAAGCUGGGUAAGAUGACUGUGACCAGGAACAGGCGAUUUCAUAGAACCUCAAGGAACCCGAUUGGUAAAGAUGUGUACGCUGUAAAGAGACUGAGGGACGCUGCAAACAGCAAUGACAUUGACACAGUUCGGAAACUCCUGCAAGAUGACAUUGAUCCAUGUGCAGCAGAUGACAAGGGAAGGACAGCCUUACAUUUUUCUUCCUGCAAUGGCAAUGAAAGCAUCGUGCAAUUGCUGUUGAGUUAUGGCGCCGACCCCAACCAACGUGACAGUCUGGGUAACACCCCACUCCAUCUAGCGGCCUGUACAAACCACGUGCCUGUCAUCACCACAUUGCUUAGAGGAGGAUCCCGUGUGGAUGCCCUUGACCGAGCUGGAAGGACACCGCUACAUCUUGCACGUUCCAAACUUAACAUUUUACAAGAAGGGGAUUCUCGCAGCAUUGAAACGCUAAGAGGAGAAGUGACACAGAUUAUACAAAUGCUGAGGGAGUAUUUGAACUUAAUGGGCCAAAGUGAAGCUAAAGAGAGACUGGAGCACAUUUCCUCACAGUUGCAACACACACGAACCAAAGAGCAAGUGGAUGAAGUGACUGAUUUACUGGCCAGCUUUACUUCACUCAGUCUUCAAAAACAGAAUUUGGGGGACAGGUAGACGAUUAAGAAACUGGAUUCCUGUCCCCUCAAUAAAGCGAACCUCCACUUCUCCGGCCUGAACACUUAUUUCAUAUCGCUCUUUGUAAUCUGAACUAGAAUUUUAGAUAGGGUACCACUGUAAUAAAUGUGAAUCAGAGAGCCUACAAUAUAGGAAAUUUCACUUCUUGAAACAAAUGAUUUGAGCAAAGCAUCCUACAAUUAAAGUAAGGUAUUUUUAAAAUGACGGAAGUCUGUCAAAAUCAUGUAAUAAGAUAAAAAAUCCUGAGUCUACUGAAUUAUUAUGAUCAACUUCAGAAACAAAUGUUUUCCACCUCGGCUCAUCAUGCCAUCAAAAUAUUCUUCUGUAUGUUUGAAAGGUAUGAUAGUAGCAAUAUGACAACAUUUCACCAAAUUGACAGUCUGACUAAAUUAUGAUUGCCAGAAAAACUAGAAUGACCGCUUUGACCUGAGUACAACACCCCAGAAAUGCUUAAAUUCGGCAGAGAGAAUAUGGAGAAUGUUUUUUGUGUGUGUGUGUGUGGGUGUGUGUGUGCAUGUGUGCGUCUGAAGAAAUUGGCACACAGAAAUGGUUUUUGUGUCAUAUUGCCUAUAGAAAAUCCGGUCAACGGUUUAAUUGUCAAGUCAAAAAGCUGGUAUGAGCUAGACUUACAAGGUGCCAUGUCAAAAUUGCUGUGUUUUUAAAAGGUGCCUUUUGGCCAAAAAACUAAUUGAACAUUAUUCAUUUCUUAAUUAUCAAGACGAAUCGUGUGGGCAGUAGAGUGUUCAUGUAAUUGAGUAAUCGGUUGUUUUUCCAUAUUUGAUAUGGAGGAUUUUGGUGGUGUUCAAAUGCUCAUUGCAUUUUCUUUUUAACUAUCAAGUAGAUGGUGCCCACUUCUCACAUUGCUACUGAAAGCAGUCCAUGUCAUGAAUAUUUUUAAAUAUAUGGGUUUGGUGAAACGAUCUGAUUCAUUGUAAGUGGCCAGCUCAUUUUGUUCUGUUUUAGUGGGUAAAAGAAAAAACAACUUUCAUUGUUAUUGUACCUUUAUUGUGUCGGUUUAAUAAUGUCUUGUUUUUGGUAAGAAAAAAAAGUAUAAAACAAAUUGACAUACUAAUUAAAGAUGGUGUCCAACAAAGCUCACCUUUAUUGUGCCCCCAAUUCUUUAAAAAAAAAGGUAAAAUGUGUUGUUAUUCAAAGUGUAUUUUAUGUAUUCAUUUUCAGACAAUAAUUCCCCAAUAACUGUGCCUAUUAUCCAUGCUUUAGUUAUUAACUCAAAGACAGUAAAUCCAGAAUCUGACUAAAUGCGACAUGCAUCAGAUUUGGCGAAAUGAUUACCUAAUUAAAAGUUAUAGCAGAAGGAUGGAAAAAGCCCCUUGAUUGGACGUCGUCUGUGGCACUGAAAGAGUUAAGUGCUUAAAUGUGAAGCCGUUCUUGCUUUUGGAAUUUUUUUUUUUUUUUUUUUUUAUCUGUAGGAUAUUUCUCAUUUUUAAUCCAUGUUAACACGUAUCUUAAAAAUGACUGUCAAUAUGUGUAUUUGAUAAAACAAAUGGAAUCGUUUAUGUGUUAAAGUGUGUCAUAUUCAGGGGUAAAAGUGGGCCAGAACGGUCAGGAACGCAGUUCCGGUAUAAGAUUCAGGGCCGGAAUGCUGUUCCUGUACACGGUGCUUUGAUUCCAAAAACUAUGACUGUCAAAACGUGAUGUUAAAAAAAAAAAAAAAAAAUGCUAAACUGCCAUACAUGCAUUUCAUCUCCAAGAAGAAAAUCUGCCAACAUCAGAUUUAUAUACACAAGUGUUAACAAUAAGCAUAAUAAAGUGCUUGUGUAGCGUAAUCUGUUUCCACUGAUAUUUAUUAUUUAUUUUAUUCCACGGACGGCAUGGAGGUUUACCCAGCUGAUGCAGUUAUCUGAGUCUGACGAUGAUGAGUCACGUCAAUGUGCGAAUGCGCGCAGCAAAACAAAACGCCUGGACUCAUUUAUCUGUUCAAUUGGCUGACAUACUGAUAUGUACAUAUCAGAGAUAGUUAGCUCUGAUUGGUUCAAAUGUGCAUGUUUUCUGGAACAGAAAAAAAAAAGUUUGUCGAAUUGAUGCGACAAAAAAAGGGCAAUGCAACAGAAAAUGAAUCAAAUCUUUAAGAGCAAGGAAAGAGUUGAGGAGGCUUUUUUUUAUCAUAUUUAGUUUUAUUUGCUCUGAUGGAGAGGU